AUGUCGUCUCACGAGUACCAGUUCAACGUCGCGAUGUCGUGCUCCGGAUGCUCCGGCGCCGUCAACCGGGUCCUCAACAAGCUCGAGGGAGUCAGCGACGUCAAGAUCACCCUCGACGACCAGAAAGUCAUCGUCAAGACCGCCGAGAACGUCUCCUACGACACCGUCCUCGCCCAGAUCAAGAAGUCCGGCAAGGAGGUCCGCAGCGGAGAGGUUGUUGCCUAA